AUGGCAAUCAACAUGCAAGCCGCUACCGUUCCGUCAGUGCUACUACCUGAGAUUUUGAACUUCUCGCCGCAGCUCCUCUUGGACGAUAUAAUAAAUCACGCGAAUGAUGCGAUUACCCUCGCCGUCAAUGGCAUGGAAGAAUUCCUGCAACGCUGGGCCGACGAACGCGCUGCUGCGGUAGAAGAGGACUGGGAUAGCACGCAGGAAGUGGAACAAGGUCUAGUUGCAUUCCAGACGCUCCUGGAAUCUCACGCCGACAUCGCCUUCGAUUUCUUCGAACUGUGGUCAUUACGAAAUAUAUUUGCCAUCCCAGCGAGCCUGCCUAUCGUCGUUCCUCACCAGAAGGGAAAUAACUUGGAGUAUCCACCUGAGAGGGAAACAGAGUUAUUGGCUGAACUUGAAGACUUGAGGAGGAAAAUUGAUACUCAACGUCGUCUCAAUCGUCUAUAUCAACGAGCAGUGCGAAGGUCAUCUUCUAAGCUGCGCCGAUCUCAAACUUACACCAACCGCAUAGCUUUCUUACAAUCACCACAAUGUCGAGAACUGGCAGCCAUUCCUGAUCAUUUAGAAAUGAUGUUUAACUCCGUCUCAUCAUUGCCAACGCUAGAUCCAUCGUCAACAAUUCUUUCGAAGCUCCCCAUUCCUGAUCACAGCAAGCGCCCAUGGGAAACAAACAAGACAGGUUACAUUGACUGGGCAGUUAAGCAGCUGCUUACAAAGGCAAAGCAAGAUGAUGGGGCUACCAUAGACAGUAAUUCUACCGUUACUGGUAUGGUCGAGGCUACAUCUUCAGUUGGGACAGCGAGGGACCUUAAGCAUGCGCUACAGGUUGGUAUGCCAAGCUCCAUUCCCUCGAGAGCUGGUGGGGCAAGGGACAGGGGAGAUGUAGCUGAAGCACAUGAAUGAACUUGAAGUGGGACCAGCCCAUGAAUAUACUUACAGAUGAUCUUCUCACCUACUCAGCUGACUUAGGCUCUAUGUGGUCAUUCUAUUCUUGGAUUCAACCUUUAUCAACACCGACGCAGGGAUUAUCUAACACGUUAGAUGCCCUAUCAGUAGAGUAACUUGCGGAGACAAGUGUACUUGCCUGACCCUUGAAGCGGGUGAUAUUGUGUGUAAGCUAGUAAAUAUCUUCAUAAAAGCAGGAUCUUGAU